UUCACGUUGAGAAUUGAAAAUCCUCGUAAAACCAGACACCAUACAUUGGCCGGUCUCCCUUCCGUUUCUCCUUCUUUCUCUUUUCCCCCAUUUUUCAUUGUUCUAGCUGGCAACGAGAGGAAAAGAGGAUUUUUUUUUUUAAAUUUUCCCAGGAAAAUUCAAGCACAAGCGAGGAACUUCUACCACCAAUUCAUUCAUUUCCCAGAUAAGUUAUCUUCUCAAAGAUCGCUCCUUUUCCCCCAUUUCCUUCUGGUUCACGCAAUCAUAUGCAGUAGAUUGUUUCCAUCUUUGAAUCCCCAUUAUAGAAGCGCAUUCAUUCAUUUCCUCUGUUUCUCCGAAUUGGGAUUUGUUCGUUUGAUUCGUACAAGCAAAACAAACAAAUCCUGGUUUGGAGAGGAAGGAACCCUUUAGAGAUUUGAGGGAGAAAGUUCAGAUUUUGGGAGUGGAGAAAUUUUUUGGGUGGGAUUAUAUUGGGUUCAUUUGUGUGUGGUGUUUUGUUCCGUACGAGGAACCUGGGUUUUCUUGAAUCCAUUCAUGAUAUGUUUCUGUAGUAGUAUUACUAAGCUCCGAAGUUCUGGAUACUAUAAAGUUCUACCUAUCCAUUUGUGUGGGAUUCUGGUCUCUAGCACUGUGGAUAACCUUAAUUGCAAUGAGAAAGCAACAGCAGCAGCAGCAGCAGCAGCAACAACAGAAUGGGAAAGCAAGAGUAAUCAGUACCCCUAAGUCCCCCACCGUAGAGAAAGAUGAAGGAGCCUUCAUUGCCCUCUCCCAAGCGUUGAAGGACGAAGGCAACAAGCUCUUCCAGAAGAGAAACCACGAUGGAGCUCUGCAGAAGUACGAGAAGGCCAUCAAGCUCCUUCCGAAGACCCACAUCGAUGUGUCAUACCUCAGGAGCAACAUGGCUGCCUGCUACAUGCAGAUGGGGUUGAGCCAGUACCCUAGGGCGAUACACGAGUGCAACCUGGCGCUGGAGGUCACCCCGAAGUAUGGCAAGGCAUUGCUCAAGAGGGCGAGGUGUUAUGAGGCAUUGAAUCGCCUCGACUUGGCCUUGAGAGAUGUCGGGACAGUGUUGAAGAUGGAGCCUGCAAAUGUGAUGGCGUUUGAGGUUUGGGAGAGGGUGAAGAAAUCACUGGAGGAGAGAGGGCUCAGGGUAAAUGAUACGUCGAUCGAGUUGCCUGCUGAUUAUGCUGAGCCGAGUGCAAAACCGCCUAAAGAGAGGACACCGAGGAAGAAGAAGAGCGGGAGAAGUGAUGAGAAGAAGUCUGAGGAUGAGAAUGAAGAAGCUUUGGUUGUGGUAGAUAAUAGACCUAAGAGGAGCAUGAAAUUGGUGAUGAGAGAGGAUAUAAGAAUGGCUGAAGUUCCUGUGAAUUGUAGCCUUCUGGAGCUGAAAGAAGUGGUGUGUGACCGGUUUCCUGGUUCAGGUCCAGUUCUCAUCAAGUACAAGGAUCAAGAGGGAGACUUGAUCACCAUAACUUCUGAUGAAGAGCUUCGGUUAGCUGAAGCAUGUUCAUCACCACAAGGCGGCUCAUUCAGGCUGUAUCUUGUUGAGAUCAAUCCUCAACAAGACCCGAUUGUGGAAAGACUCAAGCAUGGUCGAAUGAAGAGAGUUGACACCAAGACAUGGAACAUGGAGAGAGAUAGAGAGAUCAAGAAGGGAAUGCGCUACAUCGAUGAAUGGAUUGUAGAGUUUGCUAAGUUGUUUAAAGAUCAUGUGGCACUCGAUACCGACUCCUACUUGGGGAUCAAUGACCUCGGUAUGAAAGUCUAUUCGGAGGCUAUCGAGGAGACUGUGACUACUGAGGAAGCACAGGGGUUGUUCAACACAGCAGCUGAGAAUUUCCAGGAAAUGGCUGCUUUAGCAUUGUUCAACUGGGGGAAUGUUCACAUGUCGAGAGCUAGGAAGAAGAUAGAGUUUAAAGAUGAUGCCUCUCGGGAGGCAAUGCUUGAGAGAAUCAAUGUGGCAUUCGAAUGGACAAAGAAGGAGUACUUAGACGCAGGGGACAGGUAUGCGGCAGCGUUGAGGAUCAAACCAGACUUCUACGAAGGUCUUCUGGCUUUAGGACAGCAGCAAUUUGAGAGGGCAAGGCUCACUUGGUACUAUACCCUUAGCUGCAAAGUUGACUUGUCAAAUUGGUCUUAUGACGAAAUCAUAGAACUGUAUAAUAGUGCCGAGCGAAAUGUGGAUAGAGGGAUGGAGAUGUGGGAAGCUGCGCAAUCACAACGGAUUACCGAUCUUACAGAUAGAACUAAGAUCAAGCCUGUGCUACAGGGUACGGUUUUGGGUGAGCUGUUCAAAGACACGUCGCCAGAAGAUGCUGCUGUGCGGAUUAAGGAUCUUAGGUCACAGAUGAAUCUCCUACGUGGCACCAUUCUAUACGAGAGGUCCAUGAUGGAGUACAGAUUGGAGAUCCCGGUUUGGCAAGAGUGUUUGGAAGUUGCACUUGAGAAGUUCCAGCUGGCUGGAGCUUCGGCUACUGAUAUUGGCGUGAUGAUGAAGAAUCACAUUUCGAAUGAUAGUUCAAUGGAUGGAUUGGGGUUCAAGAGCGAUGAGAUAGUACAGGCGUGGAAUGAUAUGGAUGAAACUAAGAAGUGGCAGAGACGUGUGUACUCAUUCCGUUUAGAGCCGUUGCUAAGACGUAGAGUUUCGAAGAUCUACCAUGCCUUGGAGGUUUCAUGAUCAUCUUCUCAAAACUUCUGACAGGAUCUAAUAGUUACUUUUGUACUAAGGUAUUGCUCAUUCUCGCUCUCCCUCUUCAUCACGAUCUCUAUCCAGUGUCUAAAAACCAUUUCCUCCACAGGGUGUGUGUGAUGAGACCUUUGAACUUGGUUCUUUUACACGGGGAAGGGAAGAAAUGACAACAGUUACACAGGGUUUGGUUGUGUGCAGAUUUCAACUUCUUAGAAGGUAGACUCUAAUUCUUGUACAACCUCGCGGCAUGAGGAAAGGAAGCUGGCAGUCUGUUUUCAGUUUUAGAUCCCUCACUCUGCACAGCCUCGCAGUUUUCUCUUUUAGUCUAACCAGCAGCAGGAACAAUGAUGUUCAAUUCGUUAUUCAUUCGAGGCGGUCAUCCAGAUAAACGAUGUUUUGCAUAACCUAACGGCUAAUAAUUGCAGUCUUGCUCUUGUUUCGUAAGCUGUUUUUAAUAGUCUGAAAGUCAUCUAUGUUUGUAGAAUGCCAGUAUAUUGUUCUGUAUUUGAUUGUGACCUCCAUAGUUUCAUAGGCCUGAACUGGCAGCAUCUCUGUUUUCCCUGCCUUCUGGUUAAGAAGAAGCUGCAGAACCCUUUUGUCUGUGCAAGAAGGAAUUUCACCAUCUUUUGAAAGAGCUAUACAAGUAAUGUAAUUCCCACAUUUGAUGACAAAGCAAAGCCACUGCAGAAUAAAAUAAAGUUAGGAAAGGGCGAGAAGCUUCAUAGUUGAUUAA